GAAGAGGCAGAAGCCCCGAGCCGCGUGGGACCGCCGCUGCCGGGCGCUUUCCCUCGUCUUUCCUCUUUUUCCCGUGCUGGCAGCUCCUCCUCUGUGGGGAGGGCGAAUAGUUCAGUCCUACCGACAUGGCCGCCACCAUGAAGAAGGCGGCUGCAGAAGAUGUCAAUGUUACUUUUGAAGAUCAACAGAAAAUUAACAAAUUUGCAAGAAAUACUAGCAGGAUCACAGAGCUGAAAGAAGAAAUAGAAGUGAAAAAGAAACAACUUCAGAAUUUGGAAGAUGCUUGCGAUGACAUCAUGAUGCUUGAUGAUGGUGAUUCACUUCUGAUACCCUACCAAAUUGGAGAUGUCUUCAUUAGUCAUUCCCAAGAAGAGACGCAGGAAAUGCUGGAGGAGGCAAAGAAAAGUUUACAAGAAGAAAUUGAAGCGUUAGAAUCCCGAGUGGAAUCAAUUCAGAGGGUGUUAUCUGACCUGAAAGUUCAGCUCUAUGCAAAGUUUGGAAAUAACAUAAAUCUUGAGGCUGAGGACAGUUAAAGGUGUUCAAAAUAUACCAUACACCUUUUCCUUGUUUUAUUAAAUGUUUUGAUAACAUUGUUCCAAUUACAUUUAAAAAAAAUCCACCACUUUAGUUUCUUUUUUUUUUUACUUUCCUGUCUUGGGUUCCAUUUAUUUAAUGAGAGCUUUCUUAUUUUGGUUAUUGCAGUUAUUUAUUUGUUCAGGAAAGCAUUAGCUUCAUAUUGUUGGUAAAGCAUCAAGUUUGGAAUAUUUGCAUUGUUUAUUAAAGUAAUAAAGUCAGGCAUGUAUUGUAGUUUCCUUGGCCUUGUUUUCCACUCAUGAAAAUACUUAAGUAUAAAAACCAACAGAAACGAAUUUUUUAUUUGCUCUGUAAUGGCCGUUUGGUAAGUUUCUCUGUAAUACAUAGGGUAUGAUUCAGCUGUAGUGCUAUUUAGCUGUUUUUAGCAGCCAUCCUGGAAAUACUAAAUCUAUCCUUUGUCUUUCAGUCUUAGCUCAGAUAGCAUAAACACUGUUAGCUCAGUGCACAACGUGGCAACAAGUUGACAGGGGAGAAAGGAGGGCUCUUUAAAGCUUGCACUGGUAUUGAAGAAAAACUUUUGGAGCCACACUCGUGCUCAGUCAUUGACUACUUUCUAUUUGAGAAUCACAAAAGCUGCUGUAUGUCAGAAUGGUGAGUCUUAACUUCUAAUUUUCCUGAACAAUCACUUUCUAAAUCCACAUUUAUAUACCAAAUUAAUGUCAGAAUUGUUCAUAGAUGAUGUUGCUGUGUCAGCAUCAAUCCCUAGAACUAUGCCUCCAUCACUAUGUGGAGUUGAAUGUAAUUUUCAAAUGUCUUGGUUUGCUGACUUCUUACAUCGUUAAAAAAAUCAUGUUCUGUCUCACUGUAAUUCUGCUUUUGGACUUUUGCCUUUUGCUUUGAUUAAUGUAUUGUACCAUGGAAAUACCUGCUCAUUAUGACUUUGUCUUUCAGAAUUAAAUCUUAGCAUACUUAAAUCAUCUUUUUAAGCUAUUUUCCAAAACAAUGUGGACAGAAAAUUCAGUUGGCCAAAUAUUUACCUGCAGUCAUUGUUCUUAAUACAGAUAAUCAGAGUAUGAGAUGAGUAUAUUUUUAUAAAGUGAUGAAUACCUACCUAUCAUGUGUCAAUUGUGUAGCAUCUCUUCUUCACGCAGCGUGAACGUGGACAAAAAAACCUACUUGGUUUCUCUGUUAUUGAAGUAGUUUUAACAGGGUAGUGAUUGAACUUGAUCUUCAGUACACCUGAGCAAGAUCUCACCAGUGCAUUGUUAUUUAUUAAUCACAGCAUUGUAACUUACAUAGUUGUUUACGUAAGUUUAUUAAUGUAUAUAAGGCUUAGCAUAGCCAUUAGAGAAGACUGUCUUCAACAGCGAAGGUCUAAUACCUCAACACAAGCACUUGUAUUACUUACAACGUAUGUCAACUGAUGGCUGUAAGUCUUAAAAGCUGCGCUAAUUUUCUGUCUAGCCCUGGCGUUUCUCUUGGGUAGAAUUCCGAUUAUUUGAAUGCUUCUGCUGCUGGACGUGUGUACAAAUACCCUGGCUAUAACUGUACAGGUUUUUAACUUUGUUUUCUGACUGGUUACAGUUUUAAUUCAAGCCUAUGCCUCAGGAAAGAGUUUGAGUUUUUCCUUACUUCGAGUGAAUACUUCAGCUACUCUUAGGUAAAACGUGGAUACAGUAGCCAUGGCAACUCUGCUGCUCUACCUGUCAGCCAGUGCUUGUAGCAAAUCAAGUGUGUUGGGCCUUCAAGGAGAUGUAGGUGUUCCUCUACGUAAUUUCUGAACUCCUCAUACAGUUUUGUGUUAGGUGUUUGGCACCAAACUACCUAGAGCAGUUCUGGGUUGACCAACUACUGUUAUUUUAGGCACUAAAGGGAGAAGAAGGUGGCCAGCUAUUUGAGAACAGCUGAUACAAGUAUUGUGGACUUAGGUGACUCUGCCUUCUCCUGCUUUAUUAGAUAUAGCUCUUGGUCCAAAACUGCCUUUCAGGACAGCACAGUUCGGAAGCUAAGUAAUGCAAGGUUAUGUCUUAGGAGUUGCUGGUAUAUUGAGUUUUUUUCUAAACAGCUAAACUAUUUAUUUGGUAUGUUAAAGUAAACCAUCCAACGCAUUCAUCUUUAUAUAACCCAAAGAAAAUGGAAGAGACAUUUUCCAGGUGAAAACGGAGCUAGUCAUGGAGUUUGACCCAUGAUGAGAAGCAUCCAGCAGAUGGCAUUGGAGAACUGGGAAACCCAUGUUACCACAAGCCUGUCCUGGGCUGUGAGUGCCAGUUGCUGGUUUUAGUAAAGUGAAACUUUGGCUGCAAUGAUCACAUUCUCAUAAAUGUGUUGGUAACACUUUAAAAAUCACUCCUGAGCGACUGCUGUGCCCGCUCUGCUGUUCUGAGCAUAUUCAUGGCUCUGCAGACUGCAGAUAUUUAAAAUGAUUGUGAUUUCCAGAUAGGCCACAGUAUCGCUGUGUCUUCAUUACAGAAAAGAAAAAGUCAGCUGGUAAGGUUUCACUGUGAUUCCAGGGGCAGCUGUAAAGCUGGUGAGGGCUGUAGUUCAGUAAAGGACGCAAAGUGAGAAAGGUGGCAAGGCAUGGAGAGCUUGCAUUUUCCCUGCUGUUCUUCGGUAUCCUGGAAGUGGAAUUGUCCAUAUAUGCAGCCCUGGUGUUCAGGGGAAAAACAACUGUUAGAAUGUUCUUGUGAAUGCCAAAGGUAUUUCCUCUCUGCUGCUGAAUUUCAGUCCCUUGGGGUUUGUUUUGUGACCACACCCCCUUAUUUCUUUUUUCUAUUUAUCAUGGUGUUGGUAUGUUUUGGGCCAUUUCACUAGGCCUUUCUGCACUACUAGAGUUCAGGCUUUUAUGUGUAUGAAGUGUCUUUCCUGUUUGCUUAGACCUUACUACAAAUUGUAUGUCCAUGCAGCCUUGAAAAUCUAGGUGCCUUUUUGUGUAUGUAAUGUCCAGUUUCCUUGUAUGGUUUAGACAACUGUGUUUGCAAGUCAGGCAAGUAAUCAUCUAAGAAACUUUUGCAGAUUAGUCUCUGGAUUUUUGUAGUUAGCAAAACAUGCUGUCCCAGGCUAUCAUUUGAUAUUUUUAUAUGCAUAAAAUAGAACAUGCAGGAAACUCUUUGGUCUUGUCAUUGUAGAAGUUAAUUUGCAGAUUGUCCAUCAGUUGCUUGAAAUAUUUGACAGAGUCCUGGUUUUUCCUUUUAAUAACUUUUCUCCUCCCUUGUGAACACAUGCCAUUAUUUUUCAGUUGGCAUUAAUUCUGUUUAGUGCCCUAUCUUCCAAGUACUUUUUAUUUUUGAUAGAUUGGAAAUUUCUGUUGUCUCUAACGUUUGCCUUACAGUUACCUUGUUCAGAUAAUACAAAUACUAGCAUCUGUUCAGUUCAUGUUUGUGGCCAAGAUCCUUCAUGAAGGCAGGCCUCUUAACUCUGCAUCUUUUCUUCUACCUACUUCUCCCCUCCCCAGCACCUCCACUGCAGUAGGGAGUAAAUCUGGUAGGCUUACUGAAGCAAGGUAGGAGUACACAAAUACAUAUAGACUGUUUAAGCAGAUGGGACUGUGUUGGUACACUAUGCAGUUUGCAGAAAAUGCUGCUACAGUGCAUAUGCGGGCAAAUACAAACAUUAAGAAUUACUAUUUUUUAAAAAAGGAGCAAAAUGGACUUCACUGUAGAAGAGUUUUGGCCAUGAUUACGUGUUUUAUUAUAGUUGUGAUCUUUGAUUUCACAAAAGUGGUAGCAAAAUCAACUGUAGAAUUUAUUUUACAAGUUAAUUCGUCCUACAACAUUUGAUGGAGCUACAGUUGAGGAUGUUUUUGCUUCUGUUCUCUUCACCGUCCAACUUUGGACAGUAGUGAUAUGGAGUAGCUGUAUGACUGCUUGUGGAUGUCACUGUGAGAUCACUGUUGCAGGGCUUUUGCAGUUACUCUCUCCCAGAUUAUCCUCCUUGCAGCUCGUUCCUAUGUAAUGUAGCAAGCAAGGAGAUAGUGAUAGUUAUUAGUAGCCAAGGAGUGGAUUGUAGCACUCGUGUUUACCUGUAUGGUCGUGUCUCUGGCACUUCAUUAUUGCAGGUGCAAAGUACUGUGGAAUGAAGAAUUGGAGAUAAGACUCUAUAGGCAAGUGUGGGUUGGUUGUGGGGUUUUUUUGUUUUCUUUUUGUUUAAGUUCUUGCAGAAAAAGUAACUAGAGGGCACAAAGUAUGAGUUCAUAGUCAGCUUUGACAGCUACUGUAUCCAGUGCAGACUUUAACAAAGUUCAAACCGCUGGUAUAUCACCUAUAUGAUACUCUUACUUUCUACUGUGGUAGCCACGUUUAUCUCAUAGGAGACCUGGAACUGUCACACUACUUUUAAUGCUCACCAACCAGGAUUCUGCAUUUUAGCCACGUGUACUGUAAGAGACACUUAGCUGGUGCUUUGCAUUUUUUACAUCUAGCCUGGGCUUUGUGUGCUUUCACUUUUCCAGACAACAGGCUGCUAAGUGGCUGUAUGUGUUUAUAAUGCUGUUUGGUGACACCAGCACAAGAAUUUCACAUCAGGCUGACUUUUAUUUAUUGUCACUGGCUAAACUUCUUGACACAUAAUUUUAUUGCCAUUAUGUUUGAUAUGACAAACAUCUAAUAAAAUAAAAUUGCAUUUCAUCU